AUGGCUCCUACUUUGGCCUCUGAAACUGGUUUGGCCAAGGCUUAUAGCCUUUCCGACAGGGCAUAUGUGACGUUCUUGGCCGAAAAUGGCGACUACGUGAAAGGCGUGGUGGGGCUGGCCAAGGGGCUGAGAAAGGUGAAAACCGCAUACCCACUUGUGGUGGCGGUACUGCCGGACGUCCAGGCGGAGCACCGCCGCAUUCUGGAGGACCAGGGCUGCGUCGUCAGGGAGAUCGAGCCUGUGAACCCGCCGGAGAACCAGACCCAGUUCGCCAUGGCCUACUACGUCAUCAACUACUCCAAACUCCGCAUCUGGAAGUUUGUGGAGUACAGUAAGAUAAUAUACUUGGACGGAGACAUACAGGUGUUUGAUAACAUAGAUCAUUUGUUUGAUUUGGGUGAUGGGCAUUUCCAUGCUGUGAUGGACUGUUUCUGUGAGAGAUCGUGGAGUAACUCGCCGCAGUACAGGAUUGGGUACUGCCAGCUGUGCCCGGAGAAGGUGAAGUGGCCGGAGGAGAUGGGUCCGGAGCCUCCUUUCUACUUCAACGCCGGCAUGUUUAUCUUCGAGCCUAACCUCUCCGUCUAUGACCAUCUCCUCAGCACUCUAGUGAUCACUCCUGCUAGCACUUUUGCUGAGCAGGACUAUUUGAAUAUGUUCUUCAAAGACACCUACAAGCCCAUUACACUAACCUACAACCUUGGUUUGCCCAUGCUAUGGCGCCACCCAGAACACGUUGACAUUGAAAGAACCAAAGUUGUUCGCUAUUGUGCUGCCGGUUCAAAGCCAUGGAAGUAUACUGGGCAGGAGGAGAACAUGGAGAGGGAGGAUAUAAAGAUGUUGGUGAAGAAGUGGUGGGAUAUAUACAAUGAUGAGAGCUUGGAUUACGGGAACUCAUCUGCGUCGGUUGCCUAA